AUGGAGCGCAUUGCAUCAGAAAAAAGAAAAGAAAGGAGGCGUAGGAUCAGUGAUUUGCCAGAGCCAUUACUUCUUCAUAUUCUUUCUUUUCUUCCCCUUAAAGAAGCCGUUGCCACUAGCCUCUUGUCCAAGAGGUGGAGAACACUUUGGCGCUCUCUUCCCAAGCUCGAAUUUGAUGAUAGAAGUUUUGACAGUCUUAAAUUCUUCAUUCAGUUUGUAGAUGCAGCCCUCCACUUGGCUCAUUUGAAUUCUGUUCAAAUGUUUAUUCUCGAUUGUAGGCAUUCCCGUCUGCCCCCUGAUAAGGCUAACAUUUGGAUCAAUGCACUCGUCAGUCAUAAAUUAACGCAUCUAGAGCUAAAUUCAUUACUGCUUGUUACGUUGCCCUCUAGCAUUUUCAUCUGCAAUACCUUGCGAGUUUUGAAGUUAACUAUGGUGAAAGUGAGUGAUCUUUCUGGGGUUAAUUUGCCUUCACUUGAAGUCUUGCGUUUGAGGGUGGCUGUCGUUUCAAAUUUUGAACUUGUGAGAAGGCUUCUUUCUAAUUGUGUUCGUCUUCAAGAAUUGGAGCUAAUUUGUAUAGUACGUCUUGUUGGGCAUAGGAGGCACAGCAUUGUAAGUCAUGAGCAUUUAUGGCACAACAUUGCAAGGUUUGAACAUUUGUUGUCCGCAGAUGUUCCUGUUCCAGCAAAUAUACGCCUAAUGGAAGCCAUUUCUAAUGUUCAAUAUCUCAGCUUACGUGCGGAGGAUGUAGCGUACCGUUUUGAUGAUAUUCCAACAUUUCCCAACGUAAUCCAUCUACAAAUGAACAAAUCUACUAAUAUCGACUGGACCACAGUGUGCAUGCUCCGAGCCUUUCCCAAGCUUCAGAGUCUUGUAAUUUUUCAGGAUGAUUGUGACUCGGACCUGAUGGAGUUUUCAACACCUGAUGUUCCUUCGUGUGUUUCGUCUCAGCUGAAGGAGUUUGCCCUUUUUGAAUUCAGAGGCUCCAAGCUUGAACUUGAAAUUGUGAAAUAUAUAAUGGAGCAUGCGACUGUUUUGCGGACUGUCAUUGUUGGGAGCCGUAGCACAUAUGAAAGUGAAAGUGAAAGUGAAAGUGAGAGUGAAACUAAAGAGAAAGACUUUGAGAUGCUCAAAGAGUUGUCGUCAUACCCCAGAUGCUCUGCAAAUUGUAGACUCAUUUAUGAUGUUUUUAGGGAACGUGCUGAGGAGACUCCUCCCUCCACUCUCAGAACUUUGUCUCCUGGUGCAUUUGCUGCGAAAAUCCAGAUCCGACUCCGUCACUGUGAUCGGAGCUCCGCGUGGCAAUCUGAUUUCAUUGUAGAUUCCAGAUAUGAUAGAUUGUCUCUGCCUCUAUAG